AGCGAUUGCAUAAAGAUCGGCGAAUCUGCAACACGCAUCCUCCCUGACACGUCAUAUGCAACUUCGAAGACGGAAACAGUCGUCGCGAAUCCUGCGUGAGGUCGCUGAGCGCUUCUUCGCAGAGAGCUCGGGGCAUUUACUCUAAAAUGGGGGGUUUCUUUUCCAGCUUGUUUUCGGGUCUCUUCGGCACGAGAGAGAUGAGAAUUCUGAUCUUGGGUUUGGACGGUGCGGGAAAAACUACAAUCCUUUACAGACUGCAAGUUGGAGAAGUUGUGACCACCAUCCCAACUAUUGGUUUCAACGUUGAAACCGUGACUUACAAGAACCUGAAGUUCCAAGUGUGGGAUCUGGGCGGCCAGACAAGCAUCAGGCCGUACUGGCGCUGCUAUUAUUCUAACACAGAUGCCGUGAUCUACGUUGUGGACAGCAGCGACCGUGACAGGAUGGGGAUCUCGAAGUCUGAGCUGGUGGCCAUGCUGGAGGAGGAAGAGCUGAAGAAGGCCAUCCUCGUUGUUUUUGCCAACAAACAGGAUAUGGAGCAAGCCAUGACACCCACCGAGGUCGCCAACUCCCUAGGGUUACCUGCUCUCAAGGACAGGAAGUGGCAGAUCUUCAAAACAUCUGCAACUAAAGGAACAGGCCUGGAUGAGGCCAUGGAAUGGUUGGUGGAGUCUUUGAAGAGCCGACAGUAACUGCACUUGCACCACUCCCUGUAAAUAUUUGUGCAUCUUCUGAUUCUUGUUGAAAGACUUUGGUGCCCUUUGGACCAGUGACUGCAUUCCCAUUUCCCCUUUAUGUAAAGGCGUUUUUUUUGUUUGUUUGUUUGUUUUCUCCAUUGUACCCUCUACAUUAAAAUGAAGCUGCAGUUACAGAAGAUCCGGGCAUCAGUACAUCCUGAAAAGUGAACAUCCACUUCACAGCUGGAGACUGAACACGAGCUGUGGGAAGAACAGUGAUUCUAUUGUUUUGCCGGUUCAUCCAUACUGAUGCCAGUUAGACCUGUUCUCCCUGUAAGACACGUCCACUACAUUGGAGUUUCCUAUCCAUAGGAUUUGCUUCUUGUCUUUUCCCCCUUUAAGCUUGUGGUACCAGACUGUUGACUGUCGCUACUCCUUUUUCUUCUUCUACUCCUGCUUUUUUCUGAACAUUUAAUCAGUCCUUCAAGCUUUGAUAUCUACACUUGGGUAUUUUAGUGGGUUAUUUAAGACUAAUUGUUGUUUGUAUGCAGUGGAUUUGUCAUUGCGUGUUUAUAUACAAGCAUGUACAGUGGACAAUAUUAUUUGUUGUGUUAACACUGAAAUAAAUCUGGUAUUGACAGGC